AUAGACGAUUUAUAGACCAGAAAUAGACGUCUAAAAUAGGUUGAUUUUUAGAUCUAAAAUAGGUUGAUAUAUAGACCUAAAAUAGACGCCUAAAUUAGGUUGAAUUAUAGACCCUUAGGUUGAUUUAUAGACCUAAAGUAGACGUUUAAAAUAGGUUGAUUUUUAGAUCUAAAAUAUGUUGAUAUAUAGACCUAAUAUAGACGAUUUAUAAACCAGAAAUAGACGUCUAAAAUAGGUUGAUUUUUAGAUCUAAAAUAGGUUGAUAUAUAGACCUAAAAUAGACGCCUAAAUUAGGUUGAUUUAUAGACCUAAAGUAGACGUUUAAAAUAGAUCUAAAAUAGGUUGAUUUAUAGACCAGAAAUAGACGUCUAAAAUAGGUUGAUUUUUAGAUCUAAAAUAGGUUGAUAUAUAGACCUAAAAUAGACGCCUAAAUUAGGUUGAUUUAUAGACCCUUAGGUUGAUUUAUAGACCUAAAGUAGACGUUUAAAAUAGGUUUAAUUAUAGAUCUCAAAUAGACCAGAAAUAGACGUCUAAAAUAGGUUUAUUUUUAGAUCUAAAAUAGGUUGAUAUAUAGAACUAAAAUAGACGAUUUAUAGACCAGAAAUAGACGUCUAAAAUAGGUUGAUUUUUUAGAUCUAAAAUAGGUUGAUAUAUAGACCUAAAAUAGACGCCUAGAUUAGGUUGAUUUAUAGACCCUUAGGUUGAAUUGGAUUAUCACUACACACAUCAAUUUGAAUCACAAAAUGGUAAAGAAACGUAAAUUACUUCCAAUAAAUCUGUUAAGAUUUUGUAGCAACAACAUUUCGACGUCUAAUAGACGUCUAUAUGCUAACCAGACGUCUCGGCUAAAUUUAAAAGUUUUUUGACUGACUGACACUAUUAGACGUCUAAAAGACGUCUAUAUUAUAGACAUCUUUUAUGUGAAAGUUUUUUAGACGUUUAUUGAGUCGACGUUCGAAUGAUGGCUAAUAGCUAUUAGCGCGAUUUGAACAUCUAGACGUCUAUUCAACUUCUAUACAUUUAACCUGUAAUCCUCUCCUUCGUGUAGUUCCAGGAUGUUUUGGAAAAUAUACAGUGUGUUUUUGGACUUCUAACUUCAUUUCAGUUACAGAGAUAUGCAUAUAUUGGUGCUAACUGCAAAUCUAAAUAAAUGCAUUUUUGAAAACAUUAUCAAAAACAAAAUGAUGUGAAAAUGUAUUUUUAUUUACACAAAGGCCAAAAUUCAAAAAAGUAAAUAUUCAACAGAGAAAACAACAACUUUUUGUUCAUUUUUUAACAUGACACCCACCACAACGCCCUGGGGCCUGUUUAAGUUUCAGCGCAAUAUAUUUAUCCAACAAAUCCUCCUUUGCCUCCGGGUACGAUACCUGGACUGCUUCUGCAAACACAGACCGAGGAUAAAGGGUAAAUUUGCGAUAUUAAUAUUAGAUGACGCAUGAAAUUUGCUAAGCCACAGAAAAACAAUUCAAGGCAUUUUUGCGACCACAUUUUGAUGUAUAUAACAUUUCAAUGUAAGCCUAACUAUUCUGCCUUUUGUAAUAAGUUUAAGUAGAAACACGUUUACAUGUAGCGCUUUACCUCCCUCUAAUGGUUGCAGUGGGAAGUUGUUUUUGAAAGCAAAUACCGAACGGCAGCAAGCAAUGUCGACUCGUGUGCAUGUGUUAAAAGCUGAUGUUUAAACCUUUUAUGUUGUGCCUUGGACAAGAUUUGUCCUUUUACGACGGUCUUAAGAGGGCAAUGGUUUGAGGCCAUUCUACAAAUAAAUCAGCUAAAAGAAACCAAGUCUGAUUAUUUGGAGCGUCGUUAACUCGCUGUCUAGCUGGUGAAAAACUAGAUGCUUCAGAGUGAGGACAGCACAGUAAAAGGACACUAGCGCGGCGGGCACAACCACGAGGAGCUACAUCCAGCAAGAUAACCAUGAGCCUACGAUCAGGAAAGCGGUAUCACCCAGGUCUACUAGAAGAAGAUCUAAUGCCAGACCCUACAAAACCAGGACAAGUGCACAACACAGACGAUGUGGACAGCACGGAGAACAAGGGUAACGCAAGCUACACAGACACAAAGAUGAAGUCUUCACGCUCGCAUACAUCCAAACGUUCAUCCGUAAGUUCUGCAGCGCUAAAAGCACGUGCACAAGCAGUUGCUGCACGAGCACAGCUGGAGUAUUCAUUAAAAGAAGCAGCCAUAAUGAAACAGAAAACUGAACUUGAGGCUAGUUUACAUGUUUUGAGUAGUCAAAAAGCUGUUGCAGUUGCCGAAGCAGAGGCUGCUGUUUAUGAAGAAGAGGAGGGUCUCUCAAAGACUGAACUGAGUCAUGUGUUUGUAGAACCACCUGCUAAUCCAAUGCAACGCACAGCAGAGUAUAUUCAGCAACACACAGAGAUUUGCCACGAAGGAUUCACAUUACGAGUUGAUCCUCUCGCUUGCCACAAUGCUGCACGUGAACAAUGUGAAAUGGCUAUGACUACAAAGAUAGACAAUAAAGGCAUGCACAGCGUGGAAAAAACGGAUAUUAAAGUAGAGCACGAAACACAGCAAGGACAGACGAAUUCCCCCAAACUGUAUCCGUACGACACUCCUCCGACAUCAGUAGAAAUACGGGGUGUACAGGACAUCACAAAGUACCUAACAAGGAGAGAACUGUUAAGUACAGGACUUUUGCAGUUUGACGAUCACCCAGAGAACUACUGGGCGUGGAAGGCUUCAUUUCAAAACACCAUAAAAGACUUGCAUGCUACAGCGCAGGAAGAACUAGAUUUAAUGAUAAAAUGGCUUGGAGUUGAGUCUGGUCAGCAAGCUAAAAGAAUUCGCUCAGUCUAUGUUUUCAAUCCAAUCGCUGCUCUCGGCCUUGUGUGGCAAAGACUCGAGGAAUGUUACGGGUCUCCUGAAGUAGUGGAAAAUGCACUGUUGAAAAAGAUCGAGCAGUUUCCCAAACUCAGCAACAGAGACAGCACAAAGUUAAGAGAGCUAGGUGACAUUCUACAAGAAAUCGAAUGUGCAAAGGAGGGAGGAUACUUACCAGGCCUCUCAUAUUUGGACACAGCACGCGGAGUGAACCCCAUUGUGGACAAACUACCCUACGCGUUACAAGAAAAAUGGAUUGCAGCAGGAGCAAAGUAUAAGGAGCAAUACAAAGUCUGCUUUCCCCCUUUCAGCGUCUUUUCAAGAUUUGUGAGACAACAAGCCAAAAUAAGAAACGACCCAAGCUUUGUCAUCACACCUCCAGCUAGCACAAGCUUCAAGAAAGACCAAGGUUUUAAAGGUAAUUCCAGGCAAGUGAUAACUGUGAACAAAACAGACAUUCCCACAGACAGUAGUUUUUCUCAGAACAGAUACAGUCAGUUGCCAGAAAGCCCUGACAAGCUAUGCCCAAUACAUAAGAAGCCUCAUCCACUAAAAAAGUGCAAAAGCUUUAGAGCAAAACCCAUAGAUGAGCGCAAGUCCUUUCUCAAAGAGAAUAGAGUCUGUUUUAAGUGUUGUGGCUCUACUCAGCAUUUAGCAAAAGACUGCAAGGUACAAAUAAAGUGCACAGACUGUGGCAGUGACAGACAUUUAUCAGCGCUACAUCCAGGUCCACCUCCUGUUCCAGCUGAUAGCCCUGAAGCCGACAAAGAGGAUGGCGGGGAGACAGAGGACAGUGCAAACAUUUCAGUGGUCUCUAAAUGCACAGAAAUCUGCGGUAAUGCAGACAGCCCACAUUCAUGCUCAAAGAUAAGUCCGGUGUUAGUCUAUCCAGAUGGCAAAAGACAACAAGCACAAAAGAUGUACGCAGUGCUUGACGAACAAAGUAACAAGUCUCUUGCUAAGUCACAGUUUUUUGAGCUCUUUAAUAUUAAGACACGCUCAGACGCUUACAAGCUCAGAACAUGCUCCGGUCUGUCAGAUAAUGUUGGCAGAACAGCAUCAAACUUUGUGAUUGAGUCAAUGGAUGGUAGAGUAAAACUCCCACUCCCAAAUCUGAUCGAAUGUGACAUGAUUCCAGACGAUAGGAGUGAGAUACCGUCUCCACAAGUUGCUAUGCAGUUCCCACACUUACAGAAGAUAGCUGACAAAAUAUCUCCUGUCGAAAUACAAGUACCUGUCCUUCUACUCUUGGGAAGAGAUAUUAUGCAGGUACACAAAGUCAGAGAGAGAAUCAACGGGCCGCACAAUACACCCUAUGCGCAGCGCCUAGACUUAGGGUGGGUAAUCGUUGGUGAAGCCUGCCUAGGAAAGACACACAAGCCCUCGAAUGUGAAUGUCCUAAAAACACAUGUUCUUCAGAAUGGCCGUGCUUCUUACCUCAGCCCAUGUCCCAACAUCUUUCAAGUAAAGGAGUCGAGUGGUUGCAGCUUCCAACCAAACACCACACCCGCUCUUCAAAAGGGCAGUGAAGAUAAAAAUUCUGAUUUGCUGGGACAAACUGUUUUUGAGAAAACAAAAGAUGACGACAAACCAGCGCUGUCAGUAGAAGACAAAGACUUUAUAGACAUUAUGGAAAAAGAAGUGUUUCAAAACAAAGCCAACAGCUGGGUGGCACCGUUGCCAUUCCGCUCACCCAGACCGAAACUUCCAAGUAACAGGGAGCAAGCAUUCAAACGUCUUCAGUCAUUCAAGAAAACAAACUUGGGAAACAAAAGCUGGAAGUGUUUUAAAAACACAAACACUACCGAUGAACUGUAUAAAGCAGGGAAAUUUAUCAUUCAAACUGUGCAACAUGACACAUUCCAAGAAGAGUUCCGGUGCAUAAAAGCUAACCAGCCAUUACCAAACCAGAGCUGUCUUAAAAAGCUAAACCCUGUUAUUGAUGAAGAUUGUCUUCUGAGAAUAGGAGGACGCUUGGCACCUGCUAAUCUCACUAAAGAAGAGAAACAUCCCCUCAUUAUCCCACACGCUCAUCACGUAGCAGUCCUACUUGUCAGGUACCAUCACGAGAAGGUAGCGCAUCAGGGGCGCCACAUAACAGAAGGAGCGCUCAGAGCAGCCGGAUUUUGGAUUAUCGGCAGUAAACGGCUUGUCUCUUCUGUCAUUCACAAAUGUGUUCUCUGUCGUAAACUCAGAGGGCAAUUUCAAACUCAAAAGAUGGCAGAUUUACCUGUUGAUAGACUGUUGCCUAUGCCACCAUUCACCAGUGUUGGAAUGGACAUCUUCGGUCCCUGGACGGUUACCACACGUCGCACCAGAGGAGGAAGUGCAGACAGUAAACGCUGGGCUGUACUUUUCACCUGUAUGUCCAUGAGAGCUGUGCACAUUGAGCUCAUCGAAUCGAUGUCGACAUCCAGCUUUAUCAAUGCGCUGAGAAGGUUUUUCAGCAUUCGUGGACCCGCACAGAUACUCCGCUCGGAUAGAGGUACCAAUUUUAUUGGAGCAUGCAACGAACUGAAAAUUGAUCACAAGGACACAGAAUUGAACUCUUACCUGCAGGAAAAAGGAUGUACGUGGCUGUUCAACUCCCCACACUCCUCACACAUGGGUGGGUCGUGGGAGAGACUCAUUGGAAUUGCAAGACGUAUUUUGGAUGGUAUUCUUUUGAAAGUCAUACAUAUCCAACUCACACAUGAGGUGUUAAGUACUUUCAUGGCGGAAGUGAUGGCAAUAAUGAAUGCAAGACCACUCGUGGCGGUGUCAACAGAUCCUGACAGACCAAAUCUUCUCACCCCAGCAAUGCUUCUUACCCAAAAGACCAAUGCCUUAUCUGCACCGACAGGAACCUUUGCACCUCCAGACCUCUAUUCAAAGCAAUGGAAGCAAGUACAGAGUCUGGCGGACAUCUUUUGGAAACGGUGGAGGAGUGAAUAUCUUUCAACUCUACAGCAAAGGAGAAAAUGGACUGAUGACAAAAUGAAUGUAAAAGUCGGUGACAUUGUAUUACUGAAAGACGUGCUUGCACACAGAAAUGACUGGUCCAUGGGAAGAGUUGUGAAAACAUUUGAGAGUAAGGACAAGAAGGUUCGAAAGGCAGAAGUGAAGACUGUAAAAGAUGGAAAUGUGAAAGUGUUUUUGAGACCUAUUACAGACAUGGUUUUGCUGUUAUCAGAAAAGUAAAUGUUGCAUUUUUUUGUUAUUUACAUGUUCUAAGGUUUGAUUUGUAGUGGCACAAUUGUAUUGUACCAGGCGGGGAGUAUUCUGUCUUUUGUAAUAAGUUUAAGUAGAAACACGUUUACAUGUAGCGCUUUACCUCCCUCUAAUGGUUGCAGUGGGAAGUUGUUUUUGAAAGCAAAUACCGAACGGCAGCAAGCAAUGUCGACUCGUGUGCAUGUGUUAAAAGCUGAUGUUUAAACCUUUUAUGUUGUGCCUUGGACAAGAUUUGUCCGUGAGUAUUAUUCGAAUUUUGAAACAAUAUUUUAUUUUGGUUACAUGUGAUGUUUAAUGCAAACCUAUUCAUCGUAAAUGUGAUGUAGCUCGUAUGUGUUUAGCUAACGCACAAUUUUACUUGUAUUUUCUUCUAGUUUUACGACGGUCUUAAGAGGGCAAUGGUUUGAGGCCAUUCUACAAAUAAAUCAGCUAAAAGAAA